AUGAAAGUAGAGGAAGAGGGAAUUUCACUAAGAGGAACUGUGUUAGACCCAUUAAUUGAAAAGAAAGAAAUUAAAUUAAGGGAAAUAAUACUUAAUUAGACGAUUUCUCAAAUAAAGGCGUGUAAUGAAAUCAAUAAUAGCAAAUACUCUAUAUUCACAUUUUUACCUUUCGUUUUGUUUUAUUAAUUUUAACAUUUCUUUAACUUGUACUUUUUGGGAUUGACAAUUACUUAAUUCAUUCCUGCUUUAAAAGUAGGAUUUAUCAUCAAUUAUGUGGGUCCAUUAUCGAUAGUCGUCUGUUUAUCUAUGUGUAAAGAAGCAUAUGACGACAUUUUGAGACACUCAAGAGACAGACAAAUAAACAAUCAGCUCUAUUAAAUAUUAACUAUAGAAGGUUUGAUGAAUAAGAAAUCAGGGAACCUAUAAGUAGGAUAAAUUGUUCAGGUGAAUAAGGAUGAAAGAAUACCUGCAGACUUAUUGAUAUUGAGAACAGAUGACAAGGAUGGAAAUGCAUUUAUUCGAACAGAUUAAUUGGAUGGAGAGACUGAUUGGAAGUUGAGAAAAUCCGUCAAGUUAACUCAAAAUAUGGAUGACAAUUUAUUAACAUCAGUGUCUGGACUAAUUUAGUUUGAAGAACCCCAUUAAAAUAUCAAUAGUUUUAAGGGAUUAGUAUAAAUAAAUGAGAUGGAUGGGAAACAGCUUAGAGAAUCGACGAGUUUAGAAAAUGUUGUUUGGGCUAACAGUGUAUUGGCUGUCGGAUAGAUAUAUGGGAUAGUAAUCUACAAUGGCAAUGAAGCCAAGAUGAUGAUGAAUCAAAAGAGGGCCUAAACAAAGAAGGGAAUUUUUGAUGUCGAAGUUGACAAGUUGAGUAAGUUAUCAUUUUUCAUUAUGAUUGUUUUGGCUGUUAUCAUAACAUUAUUUAGCAGUCCUCCAAGGGAUUUUAAAUAUGUACUCUAAAUGUAUAUGCGCUAUUUGAUCUUAGUCAGUAACAUCAUUCCAAUUUCUAUGAGAGUCAAUUUAGAGUUUGCAAAAAUAGUCUAUUCCAUCAGAAUCAAUAGGGAUACUAAAAUUGAGGGAACUAUUACAAGGAAUUCAAAUAUACCUGAAUCUUUAGGUAGAAUUUCGUAUUUAUUAAGUGACAAAACUGGCACUCUCACAUAAAAUGAAAUGAUUUUUAAGAGAUUUUCAUUGGAGAAUGAGAAAUAUACUAUUGAACAAGAAGACAUGUCUAAAAUAAAGUAAAUCCUCUAUGAUUAAUUUAAAAACCCAAAUAAAAAGAGUGGAAAAAUGAGGGACUUCUUUACUUGUCUAAGUGUUUGUCAUCAUGUUACCCCAGUAGAUGAUGAAUAUGGAAAUCGUACUUACUAAGCUUAGUCUCCUGAUGAAAUUGCAUUAAUUAAAUUUGCCGCCUAAUAAGGUUUCUAUAUAUCAUCAAGGGAUGAUAAAGAGAUCAUUAUACACAUUGAACAAAAAGAACUAAAAAUAAUGGAAAGAUACUAGAUAUUAAACAGUUUCCCAUUUUCAAGUGAAAAUAAAAGGAUGGGGAUAAUCCUAAAGAACAAUUAAAAUUAGAUUCAUUUUUAUGUUAAAGGUGCAGAUGUAGUACUCAAAUAGUUAUUACCUGAAUAAUAUUAGAGUUAUAUUGAUGAGGAAACCGAGAAUCUAGCAAGGGUUGGAUUGAGAACACUUGUAUUGGCUCAUAAAAAACUAACUUAAAAGGAAUAUGAAGAGUGGAAUGAAGAAUAUAUAAAGGCUGCUUAAUUGAUUGAAAAUAGAGAGUAGAAGAUGUAAAAGUUGAUUGAAUAACUUGAAAAACAAUUGGAUUUCAUAGGAAUUACAGGUGUAGAAGAUAAGUUAUAAGAUGAUGUGUCUCAUACUAUAGAAAACUUGAAGAAUGCAGGAAUCAAUGUCUGGAUGUUAACAGGAGAUAAAAUGGAAACAGCCAUCUGUAUAGCCAUUCUAUCUGGUCUCAAACAUGCAACACAGAAUUUUAUUAUUAUGAAAGAUGUUAUUGAUGAGAUCUAAAUGUCUCUGAUUUUAUAAAAUUUAGAGGCGAAUUCAAAUAAUGUAUUAGUAAUUGAUGGAACCAGUUUAUAAGAAGCAUUGCAUGGAUUCGAAUAGCAAUUUAUGAAAGCAGCUAUGAAUUGUCCCUCAGUAAUUUGUUGUAGAUGUUCUCCGACACAAAAAGCCAUAGUAACUGAACUCCUGAAGAAAUACUCAGGACUUGUUGUAGCAGCAGUGGGGGAUGGAGGGAAUGAUGUGGGAAUGAUAUAAUCUAGUGAUGUAGGAAUAGGAGUUGAAGGUAAGGAGGGUAAGCAAGCUGCCUUAGCAUCAGAUUUCUCUAUCUUGAAAUUCAACUCCUUAAAUCUACUUUUGUUAUGGCAUGGGAGAUUAUCGUACAAAAGGAGUUCUUUGCUCUCUUAAUUUAUUCUACAUAGAGGUCUUCUGAUUGCCACAGUACAAACUAUAUUUAUGUUCUUGUUCUACUUUCUGUCAAUCAGUUUGUUCUCAGGAUUUUUGAUGUUUGGAUAUUCCACUAUUUUCACGAUGUUUCCCGUAUUUUGUAUCAUUUAUGAUGAAGAUGUCAAGCAAGAGAUUGCCUUGAGAUUCCCACCUCUCUAUAAAUCAAUCCAAUAAGGGAGGUUACUUAACACAAAGACAUUUCUUAUAUGGAUUUGGAAGGCUGUAUUCCAGGGUUUCAUUAUAAUGAUUUGUUCCAUCCUUCUGAUCAAACAAGCCUUUUUGAGAUUGGAAACCACUGUAUUCACCUGUUUGAUCUUUACAUAAUAUGCUAUGACACUUACAGAAUUAGAGUCUCUACAUAUCUAUAUGAUUCUGUCAAACUUGUUAUCCGUGUUGAUUUACCUUAUGACUUUGCUAUUGUUUCCUGAACAACUAUUAGUAUAGGAUACAAUUGAUGUACCCUUUUUUGGCUGGGUCAUAUUGAUUUUGUUAAUGAGUUGGGUGCCUCUGUAUAUUUUAAGGAGGAUCUUAAAAUCAGUGGAUCCAUCUGAUUAUGAGAAGCUCAUGGACUAAGUUUAAAGAGAAACAAUUAAUACGAAUUGA